GCUGCCUCUGUACGCGUCUCCCUUCUCCCUCACGCGGCUGCCUCCCUUCUCUGAGGCAAACAAAACUCCAACCUCGCCGCCCGAUCCGACGCUCCGCCGGCCGGCCGCUGCUCGCAAGUUCUGUCGGUCCAACGCGCCUUGACCGCAGAUUCCUGCGUUUGGCCGGCUCUUGCAGCUGACGAACCCGAGAUCGGCACAUCUCGCCGGCUGCCGGAUCUAGUAGGAGGAGCCCGCGGGUGCUAUUAUUGCCUUCUGCGAUGACGAGGGCUCGGGACAGGACGGAGGAUUUCAAGGAGUCCGUUCGCGUCGCCGCGCUCGCCCAUGGCUACACUGAGGCGCAAUUGGCCGCGCUCAUGUCGGCUUUCAUCAUCCGGAAGCCGAACCCCAAAUCUCCGUUUACAAAAGCAGCAAUCAAGACGCUUGAGAGUAUCAGGGAACUGGAGAAGUUUAUAGUCAAGCAUAGGAAGGACUAUGUGGACACGCAUCGCACCACAGAGCAAGAGAGGGACACCAUUGAGCAUGAAGUUGGUGUUUUUGUAAAAGCAUGCAAGGAACAGAUCGAUAUUCUAAAGAACAGGAUCCAUGAAGAUGAGAAGAACAGAAGCGCGAAGACAUGGCUUAGCACAAGAGACGAGGGCUCUCGGUUGGACUUGAUAGCUCAUCAGCACGGUGUGGUUUUGAUUUUGAGCGAGCGUCUCCACUCAGUAACUGCACAAUUUGAUCGCCUUCGAUCCAUGCGUUUUCAAGAGGCUAUUAAUAGGGCAAUGCCAAGAAAGAAGAUUAAGAAGAAGCCAGAAAUAAAACCAGCUGAAUCAUCCAAGUCAAACCUUGUAUUACAAUCUGAUGUAUCGAGGGUUGGAGAUCAGGAGGUAUCUACUGCACCCUUAAGAGUUCAAGAACAACUCUUGGAUGAUGAAACUAGAGCUCUCCAGGUGGAGUUAGGCAACCUUCUUGAUACUGUCCAAGAAACGGAGACAAAGAUGAUAGAGAUGUCGGCACUUAAUCAUCUUAUGUCGACACAUGUCCUACAGCAAGCGCAACAGAUUCAAUAUUUGUACGACCAGGCAGUGGAAGCUACAAACAAUGUUGAGCGUGGUAACAAGGAGUUAUCCCAGGCGAUCCAGCGCAACAGCAGCAGUAGAACCUUUAUCCUGCUUUUCUUCUUUGUUCUUACUUUCUCUGUUCUGUUUCUUGACUGGUACAAGAACUGAAAUAGCACAUGUAAACGUGGUUCUUUAAAAUUGCGCAAAUGGAUUGAAUUACCACCGGCGUCUCCUAGUCUCUUUAGGGCUUUAGGCGGACCAUAUUUAUGGGCUAUUAUCUUGUUUCAUGCAUAUCGUUCACUGUAAACCUGAGAUUUUGCCAUUA